AUGUCGAGUGUUUCUGAAAGUGGUUCUCUUGGAACAUCUCAACUGCAUUUGACGAUCUACUUUGAGCGAAAAGUUAAGCGGAUGAGCCGACUGCAACCAACCGAGUCGUGGACGGCGCCGUCACUUCAACCCGUCGACUUCAUCAACAACUGUACAACUUACGGCGCGUUCGCAGCACCAUAUCUUCGUCAUGGGGCUCAAAGAGUUCCAAUAACAGACGUGGAGGCGUAUCUGAUCGAUGCACUUAGACAUAAUGAUGCGUCGACGAUACUACCAUCGAGAGCUCAACUCAUCGGAUGGUACGACAAUCUCACUGCGAACGAGCCCGAUACCUGGGCCCUUUCACAAAUGCGCGAACCGCCUAGUUUCCUCCCGAUCUGGGUAAACAGAACUGAAAUGGGGAGCUUUGAUGAGGAGUGCGCUGUGGAGCUUUGCUCCAAUCUCGACUUCGAAAUGGAUGGUGAUAUUGUUGGAAUCGGGAUCAUGGCCUCAUACUAUAGCGAGGGAAUCCUUGCAACAAUCUUCAGCUUUCUGAUCAUCUUAGGUCGCCUCGUCGAGCAUAGGUACGCCAGCAAAGUUUCCAAGGUACCUGGUCUUACUUCUCGAUUCUACGAAGCGGCUUCCGCUUGCACAAAGAGCCUCUUUGACGCUGGGGCGGUCAUUUGUCUAGCGACGCUAUCCGGCACCAUUAUCGUUGGGGCUCACUCGGACGACUUUGAGGGAACGAUCGAUGCCUGGCAUCUCGGCGAUAGUCUCAUAGUCAACGAUCUGGAGGCAGCGCAGUUCUCGGCAUUCUUCAGUCUUUGUCCUGUGAUACUGAUCUACACCUUCUUGUCGGAAACCUGGGGAGGGCGGCGACUGUAUCUCGGAUGCUCGGUAUUGGUUGUGCUGUACGCCUUUUCUUUAUAUGCGACCUUUUUCACGUAUGGCCCCCGGGAUCGGCAUUAUUCGAAUCACAUGGUGGAAUUAUGGGAGACUUUCCAAAUGUUGGGUUGUCUAAAAGGUACCAAAGAGACUAUCGUGCGCUCUUCGCGAGAAUCUACAUAUUUUGUGUUACUGGUCCUCCUCGCCUUGAUUUGGUACCUGCUCUUCCUGCUGUACCGCGUCCGAAGGAGGACAUUAGACAUUACAGGGCGUCCUAGUGAUCGGCAAAGCUGGAGCUUAGGACAAAUUGUUGCUUUAGCAACGUGGAUCCCAGUAGUCGUGGAGUUUCUGUACAUGUGUAUCUUUGGAAUGAAGUCAGGUUUGGAGGGACGAUUACCGGCCGGCUACGAGGCUGUUGCUGUGACCACUGGACUCGAUGACAGCGCUGAACAUGUUCCUCUCCGGACUGUUGGGACAUAGAACGGGAACCAUAGCACAGAAAUAUUUCGCAUACCCUUUGAUUCAUGAGUUCGGCCAAGGCCUUCGGCCCUGUUACCGUUCAUGACACCUUUCAUGAAGUUCUGAAAUGUACUACCAACUUGCCAUCCAUGGAUAUAACCGAAAGAAAUGAACUUAAUAAGAUAGGCAUAUGUUGUUAUGGACAGCAAAUAACUACCACUCAGCGAACAUCGCGUUCAAACAAUCUCCAAGAAUGAUCUAGAAAUUUCGGAUGAAGAACUCGGUGUUCAAGAUAUCCUGCCCAUUUGAUGAUGAGGUGCUCAUUGUCUCCCUAGGCAAUUACGAAAUGUAUCACAUGGUAAAAUGAGAUCAUCAGGCUUGGGUCAUCACAGACGCUCUCACUCUCACUCGCACUCGCGUGUCUGGUAGUCAUUGCGUAUCUGAUGAUGAGAUGACACUG